ACACCCACAGACUUCAGUACGGAUCUGAACCCAACGUGACUAAACAUGAACACCGCGAGGAUGUUGUCUCUUCUCAUCACUUUACUGCACAGUCCUGUCAGUCUGUCAGUGACAGUAAGCAGCAGUAAACCCAAAGUGGAGGUCCACGAGCACACAGAUGCUGUGCUCGCCUGUGAGUUCAGGACAGAGAAAGAUCAGAGCCCUCGAAUCGAGUGGAAGAAGAAAGGAAAGGGGGUGACAUUUGUGUACUUCAAUGGCAAAUUUACUGGGUCUUACGCAGGACGUGCAAAGAUAGAGGGAGCGACGCUGACAAUACACUCUGUUACUCAGAAAGACUCGGGGGAAUACCGCUGCGAGUUGACUGCCAGCGAGGACCACGUCAACCUCGGCGAGGCUACUGUAACCCUCAAUGUCCUCGUUCCCCCUCAUGUGCCGUCCUGCGAGGUGCCGAGCUCUGUGUUUGUGGGCUCAGGCCUGGAGCUCCUCUGUAAGGACAAACUCAGUGUGCCUCCUGCCACCUACCGCUGGUACAAAGACAACAAGGCUCUAAUGGCCACUGCAGAUUCUCCAUACAGCGUUGACACAAACAAGGGCACACUGAAGUUUAAGAGUGUGUCCAAAACAGAUGCAGGGAUGUACCGCUGUGAGUCCUCCAACAGUGCGGGGGCGCCUAAGAGCUGUGUGGCCCAACAUCUCAAAGUUAUUGAAUAUCCUUUGAAUAUGACGAUUUUGAUAGCAGGUGCUGCAGGUUUACUGGCGCUCGUUCUUUUCUGCUGCAUCUGUGUGUGUGUCUGCCUACGCCGAGGCUGCUGCAAGAAGGAUAAGAAAACAAAAAGCACCAAGUCCUACAACCCUCCUCCUCCUCCUCCCAUCCGCAAUCUCAAGCACUACAAACAAACUCAGUCCUUCAUGAUCUGAGGGUGAAACACUCUCACUUUGACUUCAAACCUCCCAAACGUAGUGUAAACGUACUGCGCAACAGACUGGAAAGUUCCUCAACUGAUGCCUUGCUUUUUGACAGCUGCUCAAUGCCUUCUGGGACGGACACAGACAGACAGAUCUUCAAAAACAAAGCGUUAAUCAAGAUUUUGCAAAAACCUUGUUGCUUUCUAAACAAUUGAAAGUGUUGACAGUUUGCAAGAUGGUUCCUAUUAUCAAAUAUUCUACAAAAUUACAUACUUGGCUGUAAAUUCAAGGUUUAACUCGGCUCUUUACAAUGCCAAAAUGUUGCGUUAUCAUAUAAUACUUGAGUGUGUCAAGAUGUUAAAAAUGUUUUUUUUUUAACAACUUUUUUAAAAACUCCUCCCAGACUCAAGGGGUCAAGUCCACCGCUUCACUUUAGGUUUUAGCUCUCUUGUGCCACCUAUAGACAAUUAAGUGUUAUUCAUCCACACUGAUUAUGGCAAAUAUUGUAUAAAGUGUAUCCUUGUUAUUGCCUUUCAUUUAUAUUUAGAUGCAGCUAGAUAUUCUUUUAUAUAGGUAUUUUUUCUCUUUGUCAUUUUUUAAUAUUUUUUAAAAACAAGUUUGUGCGUUGAUCUUAUAGUUGUUCUUCGCCUGUAUAAAUUCAAAUAAUGUGAAUUGAGCGACAAAAGAACAGGUGUCUGCACACACUGAAUGGUGCUCUGGAAGCUUUUAAAAUCCUUGAUUCUUGAUCAGGUUGCCAUUGUAAAUGAGAAAUUGUUCUCAAUCGGCUUGCCUGGUUAAAUAAAGGUUAAAUAAAAUUUAAAAAAAUUUUUGGUUGACAAGUCUGUCUCUUGAUCAAUAAAGAGAGAUACUUUUUUUAAAGCUUUUUUUUUUUUUAGCACAUUGGAAAUCAACCUGCAGUGUUUAUUGGCUUAUUGGAGGUAUUGAUCAAUGUCGUGUGUAAAUGCAUCUAUAUGUAUUUAAACAAUCUUCCAAAAGAUAUAUUUUACAAUGGAUCACAACAUUUUGUAGCCAGGCUAGCAACAUGGCUGAAAUAUGUUAACAACUAUUUAAUGGACUACUAUGACAUUUUGUAUGGAUGUCCAUGUUUCCCUCAGGAUGAACUGUAAU